GAAGCGCGUGUGCGUGAGCCGCAAAGUAACAUGGCGGCCGCCAGUGGCUGCCAGUUCUGCGCCCGCCCGAUGCUGCCCCGGCUUUGGGCGGGCCUGGCCGCAGGGCCCAGGUCGCUCCUCCGGGCACCGGCUUAUUCCACCGCGCUGGUUGUGGGGAGCGGGGGGCCCAGCCCGCGCGAAGUUGCAGCAUCGAGAAGAAGCAGGACAUCACAAAUUGCAGGAAAUAGAAGAGUGCCUGGAGCUCCUAGAACUGAAAAGAUGGCUGUUGAUCAGUACUGGGGCAAUGUUUAUCCAACUGCGGCAGCAUUUAAUCCUUCUUCGGUGCCUCUUCCCAUCCGAAUGGGCUAUCCUGUGAAGAGAGGAGUACCUCCACCAAAAGAAGGCAAUUUGGAGCUUAUAAAGAUCCCCAACUUUUUGCAUCUGACUCCCCCAGCAAUUAAGAAACAUUGUACAGCUCUCAAAGAUUUCUGCACUGAGUGGCCAGCUGUAUUGGACAGUGAUGAGAAAUGUGAGCAGCAUUUUCCUAUUGAAAUUGAGACAGUAGAUUAUAUUUCAGCAGGGCCAUCUGUUCGUAAUCCCAAAGCAAGAGUGGUGACCUUAAGAGUUAAGCUUUCCAAAUUGAACUUGGAUGACCAUGCAAAGAAGAAGCUCAUUAAACUUGUAGGAGAGCGGUACUGCAAGGACACAGAUAUACUUACCAUUACAACAGACAGGUGUCCGUUAAGGAGACAGAACUAUGACUAUGGAAUCUACCUCCUCACAGUUUUGUACCAUGAAUCGUGGAAAACCGAAAUGUGGGAAAACGAGAAGACUGAAGCUGACAUGGAGGAGUAUAUCUGGGAUAAUAGCCCCUCUCAGAAGAAUGCUUUGGACACGCUUCUUCGAAUAAGAGCUGCAGAGAAAACCACUGAAGUAACUGAGGAAGAGCUGCUUGCCUCUGAGAUAGUUGAGAAUUACAAAACCGCUGUAGUUGCACUUAAAAAUGAAGGGGAAACAGAAAACAACAUUUUGCAAUACAAGGAAUCCGUGAUGAAACUACUGAAUUUACAAGCAUUACAGUGAAAAUUGACAUUCCAUGCGCAUCUCUGAUCUUAUGUCAAUAUACAAAGAUAAUCUAUGAUAAUAUUACUUUGUAGGAAAUUGUGAAUGCAGUUAUCCAUGAUAUUCUGGACCUUCAACAAAACAAGUUUUCCGUAGAAUUAAUAAAAUUUUAAAAUUUCAAAAACCUUUAAUGGAAUUUCCAGUGAAUAGAGAUUUCAAACAGGGUCAGCAACACAGAGUUUGUUUCCCCUUAUGCCAAUAUCCUCCUUUUCCUCUAUAAAUACAAUUUGUAUCAAGUCUUUUCUAGGAAGCCUGAGUAUUUAUGGGCUUAGGCAUUCUGUUCUGCUGUUCUAGCCUGGGAUUUAGGAGGCCCCGAUCGAAUUCCUUGCUCUACCAGAUUUCUAUGUAUCCUUGGGUAAAUCAUAUAGGGUAAGAUUUUCAAAAGCACCCAUUUGACUUAGGCCAUGUCUACACUACAGCAUAAAAUCGAAAUUAUUAAAACCGGUUUUAUAAAACUGGUUUUAUAAAAUCGAUUUUAUGCGUCCACACUAGGGCACAUUAAUUCGGUGGUGUGCUUCCAUGGUCCUAGGCUACCAUCGAUUUCCGGAGGGGUGCACUCUGGGUAGCUCAGUAAAAGAAUGAGACCAAUAACUUCGAUUUCCGUCCACACUAACCCUAAAUCGAUAUAGUAAUAUCGAUUUUAGGGCUACUCCUCUCGUUGGGGAGGAGUACAGAAAUUGAUUUUAAGAACCCUUAAAAUCAAUUUAAAGUGCCUUGUAGUGUGGACGGGUACAGCGUUAAACCGAUUUAACGCUGUUUAAAUCGAUUUAACGCUGUAGUGUGGACCAGGCCUUAGCCUCCUAAGUUCCACUGAAUUUCAAUGAGAUUUGGGAUCCUGUGUGCCUAAGUCAUUUCUGCAAAUGGGGCACACAGGGUAUGUCUACACAGCAAAGAAAAGCCCAAGCCCAGCAGUCUACACAGAGACAUGAAAGAGCCCCGCAGCAGGAGCCCUGCAAACCUGAGUCAACUGGCAUGGGCCAGCUGUGGGUGUCUAGUUGCUGUGUAAGCAUACCUUUAGUGUGCAUUUGAAAAUUUUACUCUUAGUGUAUCUCUGCCUCCAUUACCUUCAUUUUUCCAGAUGAAGGUAACAUUACCUCCUACCUUUGCGGGCAGUUGGCAGGAUAACUGCAUUGGAGGUUGUGAUGCACAUAACUAAUGAGGGUCACAUAAGUACCUUAGAUAGACAUGUAUAUCUCUGAAGGAAGGGGAACAGGAUAAAGUUAAGACCCCAGAAUAGAAAGUGGCUGGAGUAGUGUACCAUAAAGAAGGGAGGGAAAGGUUAAAGAGUGGCUGAAAGGAUGCAAAAUAAAAGGUAUACACAUACAGCUUUACAAUAAAUAUGUAGCAUAAGUAAGAAUUGCAUGUCUUAUUAGAGGAACAAAAACAGUUUGGGUGGCAGGUGAUGGGAAGUUAAAAUUAAAUAUUUUAAAAGGAUAGGACUUGCUCUUAACAAAGAAAGGGAAAAAAAUAUAUGGAUGGUUUUUACCUUUGAUAAUUGCUCUUUGAGCAGAACUGGUCUGAAAACCUGAAAGUAGUUGGUAAUUUUAGCACUCACCAAUUAUCAAAUGGUUCUUUAAUGCUACAAAUUGUGAAAAGAGAACUUAUUUUUAAAAGGAAGAAAAGAGAAGUGAGCUUCAAAAACUAAGGAGGUUAAGAUCCUAUGACAGUAAAAAUACAACUACUAGCACUAGCAAAAUUAGGCAUUCAUGUUACAAAAAUAUUUCCCUUUCACGUGGGUGGCUUUUCAUCAGAAUUAAAGAUUCUACAAAAGGUUAAAUAAGCUUAAAAACAUCAUUCACAAUGUUCUGCUCCCCAGCCACAGCUGGUUAAGAAGAAAAGAUGCAACAUAAGAGCAUAGGCACCAGAACUGGGGGAGUGGAGGGAAGUGACUCUUGUGCAUCUGUUUAGGAAUCUGUUGGAGCCGUUCUGCAUGGCUUAUAGGUACUCCGGCUGCUGCAGCUUCUGUCAUCUACAUAAAGCAACAAAGAGUCCUGUGGCACCUUAUAGACUAACAGUAGAUCUGUUAGACUAUAAGGUGCCACAGGACUCUUAGUCUGGAUCUGUAAAAAGCAACAAACAUGGCUACCCCUCUAAUACUUGUCAUCCACAGGUAGCCUUCGAAAUUGGAAUGUAUACUCCCCUUCUAAAAGGAGUGGCAUUGUCAAAUGGAUUCUGUCUAGUAGAUCAGUUUUUCAUCCAGGAAUAAGUACCUCUAUGCACAUAAAAUAGUAAUAUAGCUAUAGUUAAGAUUGAAAAUGGUUGCUUAGUAAACUCGUAUUUCAGACUGUCAAAACUUUGCAAUCCUUCACCUUUUUGGCAUUAAAUAUUCCCUCCUUUCAGCUCUGCA